AUGGAAAAUACCAUUCUGUUUUUUUUGUUUUUUUUUUUAAAUAAAUUAGUAAAUAUUAACGCGACAGAAUUCUUAUCAACAUUAUGUCCAAAAAUAUUUAUAGUCGCGAGGUAAUAAUGAAUUCGUUAAACUCGAUAUUUCGUUCGUGACGUCAUCCUAAAAUGAGAAUAGAUACGCAGUAAUAUAAAUUUCUCGUUUUAUCGCCUCUGCGCUCUACGGAUGACGCCAAUUUUCAUAAAUCAGAUUAAACGCAAUCUGGUUUAUUUUGCUUUAUUUCACGUGUAUUUGAUUUUCGAAAUAGUGAAGAAAAAGAAGCGGAAAAGAAAAACAUUAUUCCACGUUGUUUGCGUGAAUGAAAAAAUGCUAGAGCGAGCACAUCGAAGCUCCGUCAAUCGAAUAACGUUUCCGUCGACUUUUAUACUGUGCUCCCGACGACAGAUAGAGCGGAGGGAGAGAAAACGAGCUCAUGAUAUAGUGCGGACCCGCAUUCUUUACUGUCCGUUGUUGUUUAGAUUUACAACGGUUUUUUUUCUUGCAUUGUACGUUUCUAUUCUAUUCCCUGUCAUGUUGUCGGCGAAUCUGAUAAAUGAGCGUUCGAUAUAAUAGAGAAGUUCUAAUCCCUUGAAAAACUUUAUGCGGAAACACAUUUAUUUAUGAAUGUCUUUUGUCUAAUUAUACUUUAUACAUUUUGCUGUAUUUUAAAUGAAACACGUAAAUAUUCACAUUUUUCCAAGAAACUAACGAGAAACAUAAGACAUAGAAGUUUAAAAUACAAAGUAAAUGCAAUUAGCAAGAACGGACUUUAUAUCCAUUAAAAUAACGAGACAUUGAAUUUUCCGUCUAGAACGAAUUCUUUUACACACAAAAAAAACGAAGAUAUGUAUGAUGUAACAAAAUAUCAGCAUAGAUAUGUCGUUAUAAUUACCAAUUAAUGUGGUAUUACACGCAAAGGUGACUCUCCAACGGACGGAUGAAAAUCUCAAUAAUUGGUUUAGCCACGGUCCUGACGCUCUAGAUCCUCGCGAAAUUAUCGAGCCGAUUAAUUGAAAGCGUCGUAAUUGCUUCCGGCCAAUCUUGCUGUUGCUUGGCAAAGAAGUACUAAUUACAGCAAAUCUGAAUAGGAAAGUUCCCAAGAAUAUUGUCGAAUUAUCGCUAGCAAUACGAUCGAAUCGGUUGUAUUUAAUUUCAAACUUUGUUUCCUCGCAUUGUAUUUUUGAAUAUGUUUAAUGUUCAGUACAGAAAAAAAGAAAGAGAAACAGUGAUUUUUUGUUAGCGAUACAAUUCUAUUGUAUCAAUUAGAAAUGUAUCCAUCUGUUGCAUCCAUGUUACUAUACGUGUUCCGCAGAACAAGAGGUUCUUGUGCUCGGUUCUUCUGCUUCAUUCUCUUCUUGAGAAUGAAAACGCAGAAAGAGAGAAUUAAAUAAUGGAAUUAAAUACUCUAAGAACUUUAAUAUCUAUAUACCUAAGGAUUAAAGGAUUUAUGGAUCCAAUUACUGAAGUACAACAUUUAAGUAUUUGAGCGCAUAAAAUUCUAUAAGGCUUGGACACGGGAAGAACUUGGGUGUUUAAACAUUUAUAAAAGUUAAAGAACUUGAGAGGACGUAAAUAACUUACUUACGUUACGUAUUCGAGACUUGACUUGCGAUUAGGGAUUAUCCGCCUUAAUAGCGUCGAAACAAAAUCUCGUUUUACCUUUCAGUAUCUUCCUGAGUGUCAGCAACUCUCGACGGACAUUUCCUCGAUGCUUCACAAAAUUUUCAAUCUUUGUGUCUAUAAAAUAUCAUUGUCUGUUUACGCUAGUGAAUCAAAUUUCGUCUUCCUUCCAUGGAAUAUAAUAUUAACGUGUUUAUAAAAUAUGAGAGAAAUAUAUUUACAGUUUUUGAUGUUGAAUCAUAAUACAUAUGAGCACUAGUAAAGAAACUGUUAUUAAAGUGUCUUAUCUUGUUGUGAUGGAAUGUGAUAUGUGUUUUCCGUGAUGCUACGUGCAUUUAUUAAAUUUUAAAUAAAUAAAACACAUAUUAUCGUAUAUUAAACAUAUUAUCGCAGAUGAUAGCCGUAACGUUAUUAAAUAAAUCUACAUUUACAAAAGAGUCUAGCGAGUAAAGUGUGCGCGAAGUGAGGUGUCUUACAGCUUUUGAGUGUAAUGUAUAAAUCUUCAACAAUGACAAUGACGAGAGUACGAAAAAAAUACAUUAUAAUGACUGAAGUGUUACUAAAAAUGGAGUGUUACUAAAAGAGCGACAGAUCACUUGCAAUUAAUAUAAACGGUGGACUUGUUGUUCUGUAUUUGUGACCGUGUACCUGAUUUAUCUAAAGUGAAUAUUCUAACAGAAAUCGCAAGGCUAAUCUUUUAAAACUAGAGAGAGAUUAGAAAAAUCAAAUUUGCCACAAGAGACAAAAAAUGCGUGGCUUGUACGUUCUUUUGAUGGUGGGCGUACUAGUCGCCUCGUCGAAGCACGGAUUAAAAUUGAAUCAGACUGAUCAUCACAAAUUGAUGAGAGGCAGUAGCAAUACCUCGCUACCAAAGCUUAGCGUCGGUCUGAUAGUGCCGCACACAAAUUUCGGUGCGCGAGAAUACACAAAAGCCAUCAACAAAGCCGUCAACAAUUUGCACAAAGGUCAUGGCAAGACCAAAGGCCAAUCCAAGUUCUCUUUCCUGGAGAAAUACGAGUUUCCACCUACCCAGGUCACUAACAUUAUGAUGAAACUCACGCCGAGUCCGACAGCUAUCUUAGACUCGCUAUGCAAGGAGUUUCUUUCGGUGAACGUAUCGGCCAUCUUAUACCUUAUGAACUACGAGCAAUACGGACGCAGUACGGCCAGCGCUCAAUAUUUUCUCCAAUUGGCCGGUUACUUGGGAAUUCCUGUGAUUGCAUGGAAUGCUGAUAAUUCUGGUCUGGAGAGACGGGCGUCACAGAGCAGUCUACAGCUGCAACUGGCACCCUCGCUGGAACAUCAGACCGCGGCGAUGCUGAGUAUCCUGGAGAGGUACAAGUGGCAUCAGUUUAGCGUAGUCACCUCGCAAAUAGCUGGUCACGACGACUUCAUACAAGCGGUCAGAGAGAGAAUCUCCGACAUGCAGGACACAUUCAAGUUCACCAUACUAAGCGCCAUUCUGGUUACCGAACCGCACGAUCUACUCGAACUGGUUAACAGCGAGUCUCGAGUGAUGCUACUGUACUCGACAAGAGAAGAGGCUACUCAUAUCUUGACUGCCGCAAGGGAAUACAAAAUUACCGGCGAGAAUUACGUAUGGGUCGUCACGCAGAGCGUUAUUGAAAAUCUACAAACGCCCAAUCAAUUUCCGGUCGGAAUGUUAGGUGUACAUUUCGAUACGAGCAGUGAGAGUUUGGUAAGCGAAAUCACGACAGCAAUCAAGGUCUAUGCUUACGGUGUCGAGGACUUCGUCAAUGAUCCGAAAAAUGCGAAUCGUAGUCUGAACACUCAACUGAGCUGUGAAGGCAUUGGUGAAUCACGAUGGAGUACAGGGGAUUUAUUUUUCAAAUAUUUGAAGAACGUUUCCGUCGAGGGCGAUCAGGGGAAACCAAACAUAGAGUUCACUCAAGAUGGUGUGUUAAAAGCGGCAGAGUUGAAAAUUAUGAACCUUCGGCCAGGAGUUAGCAAGCAGCUCGUCUGGGAAGAGAUCGGUGUCUGGAAGUCCUGGGAGAAAGAGGGUCUGGACAUUAAGGACAUCGUUUGGCCGGGCAACACCCACACUCCUCCGCAAGGCGUGCCGGAGAAGUUUUACCUCAAAAUAACCUUUCUAGAAGAGCCGCCCUACAUCAAUCUUGCACCGCCGGAUCCCGUGACCGGAAAAUGCUUGGUAGAUCGCGGUGUUCACUGUCGAGUGGCCAAGGACUCCGAUAUGAUUGGAAUUCUAGAUAAUCAAUUGGUGAAAAAUAAUGCGAGCUUUUAUCAGUGCUGCAGCGGAUUUUGCAUCGAUCUGCUGCAGAAGUUUUCCGAGGAAAUUGGUUUCACUUAUGAGCUCGUAAGGGUGGAGGACGGUAGGUGGGGUACUUUAGAGAAUGGGAAGUGGAACGGGCUUAUAGCUGAUCUGGUCAACCGAAAGACCGACAUGGUGAUGACUUCAUUAAUGAUCAACUCGGAAAGGGAAGCAGUGGUCGAUUUCACUGUACCUUAUAUGGAAACUGGUAUCGCCAUUGUUGUAGCAAAAAGAACUGGCAUUAUAUCUCCCACUGCAUUUUUAGAACCGUUCGAUACGGCUUCAUGGAUGCUGGUGGGUAUUGUUGCUAUACACGCCGCAACAGUAAUGAUACUACUCUUCGAGUGGGCAUCACCCUCCGGUUUCGACAUGAAGGUAAACCCUUCAGGCGCUGCGCAAAAACUGAAUAAUCCAUCGACGAACCAUCGAUUUUCGUUUUGUCGCACGUACUGGCUGGUUUGGGCUGUAUUAUUUCAGGCUGCCGUCCAUAUCGAUUCUCCCAGAGGAUUUACAGCCAGAUUUAUGACGAACAUGUGGGCGUUAUUUGCCGUGGUCUUCCUCGCUAUUUACACUGCCAAUUUGGCUGCCUUCAUGAUUACGCGGGAAGAAUUUCACGAGUUCAGCGGUGUGGACGAUCACAGACUCGCUAAGCCCUUUUCUCACAAACCCAUGUUCAAAUUCGGCACGAUUCCGUGGAGUCACACAGAUAGUACGCUGGCAAAAUACUUCAAGGAGAUGCACUCCUACAUGAGAGCUUUCAACAAAAGUAGCGUUACAGACGGUAUCGAAGCUGUCGUCACUGGAGAUAUGGACGCGUUCAUUUACGACGGCACAGUCUUGGAUUAUUUGGUCGCCCAAGAUGAGGAUUGUCGACUGUUGACGGUCGGAUCAUGGUAUGCUAUGACGGGAUACGGUCUAGCGUUCUCCAGGAACUCAAAAUACUUACAAAUGUUCAACAAGCGACUGUUGGAUUAUAGAGAUAACGGAGAUCUGGAGCGAUUGAGAAGAUACUGGAUGACUGGUACAUGUAAGCCUGGGAAGGAGGUACAAAAAAGUAGCGAUCCGCUAGCAUUGGAGCAAUUCUUGAGCGCGUUCCUCUUACUGAUGAUGGGUAUCCUCUUGGCGGCAGUCUUUUUACUUCUGGAACACCUGUAUUUCAAAUACAUCAGACAGCAUUUGGCAAAAAGCGACGAUGGCGGCACGUGCGCUAUUUUCAGUCUGAGCGUGGGAAAGUCCUUGACCUUUCGUGGUGCAGUGUACGAAGCGCAGGAUAUCUUAAGGCACCAUAGAUGCAAGGAUCCGAUCUGCGACACCCACUUAUGGAAGGUCAAGCACGAACUCGACAUGGCCAAGAUCAGGAUACGACAACUUGAGAAGGAUCUCGAGGCCCAUGGAAUAAAGCCAACCCAAACCAAGAGGAAAUCCGGGAAUCUCGGCUGGUGGCGAGGAUGCUUCCAAAGUUCGGACCGCCAUACACAACCGGAGCCGUUCGCGGUGGAAGCUCCGCAUCCGCUACCGCCAUACUUCGAUUCGUACAUCGAUGCCGUUGAGGUUGCCCGUCCCAGGGAUAUGAGUAGAAACCAUGUGGUCAGUACAGAAUACGCCGAGACGUUCUUGCCCACGGAGAUUUACAGGAUUCCGGAUGAUGACGCGACCAGGACGGAAAUUGCUGAAAUGGAAACAGUUCUGUGAUCGUAAGAGGAUCGGCUUCAGUCGCCCAAUCGCGCAAUACUGGAAGCGCAUGGGAUGGACUACGAGGCCUCCGAAGACUCCAGAAACGACGUGAUUUAAAUAAAAAAUCGCGUCCUGUUGCUCCUGCCUCGAACAACGAGCCCCACCCACAUCAAUCUUUCGUUCGGACGAAGACACUAAUCCGCUGAUAUCGAUCCUCGGAAACUGUCGUCGCGCGCGCGAUGAAACGACGAGAGGAAGAACGUCGUCAGUGCCUAUGUCAAUGAUCGAUCAACCAGCGACCAAGAAGACACCAGUCGAGGAUAUUUUAUAACUCAAAGAAGUGCAUUUGUUGUUGACACUUGCGUUAUGCUACCGAGAGAUGCAUCCUUUGUGUCCUUUGAAAUAUCGGAAGGAAUGCAUUUGCAUGGCAGCUACGCUCACGCAACAGUGAUCGUUGCGAGAGAAAUGUUUCGAAAAGUUGCCGAAUCUUCAUGAUGCUCGGACGAAUGCUCGAUAAUUGGAUCAGAUUUCUAUCUGCAAGGGAUUUAUUUAUAACAACAUGAUCGAAGUCAUGUCAACGAUAUCGAAAUUGUGUGCACACAUGCAAGGAUUCGUUUUAAAAUUUCAACCUGUGCCUAAAAUCGUCUGGACACGGUUUGUAAUGCACUAGAUUAUCUAUUAGGCAUUCUAAAAUGAGUUAAAUCUUAGUAAUUCGAUAAAAAUAAAGUAAAACUUUAAAUUGUUUUGAAUACCUUAAUGAAAUGCAACUAUCUCACUAAGAUAAUUAGUUUCCAUUAAAUAUGUAAUUUUUUAAUUAGAUAUUCAUAUAUUUUUAUAAUUACAAAGUAGUAACAGAAAAUUUCUAUGCGGGUAUUUAUUAAUGAAAUUUUUAUAAAAGCAAAAGCAUUAGGGUAUCACAUUGUCCACGACCAUUUUACAUUUUCGUUAAUCUUAAUUUUUCAUUAACUCUGCAUUUCUCUUUGAUAUAUCUUUAAUACUUUAUUUAUUUACUUUGAAGAGUAUUUUUUAGAGAGAACAAUUUUAAUUUGUUUUUCUCAAAAAGACAUAAAUUUAUACCUUAAUAUCGAUUUUUAGUCUAAUUUUUAUACUAUGUUCUGGUUGUAAUUUUACUCUUUAAUAUAUUAUUUAUUAGUCUUGUUAUUAUUAAAAAGACUUAUUUUAUUUUUGAGUAUUUAUACAGGUAUUUUUCUUUUUUAAUAUAAAAACCAAUAAAUUAUUUUAUUUAAAAUCCUUCUCAUUCUAUGUCUGUUAUUUAUUAUUUUCUAUCUAUUUUGAUACAUAAUUAUUUAAAAGAAUCGCCGAAAAGAAUAAAAGAGUGCAAGAAAAACGAUUGGAAAAAUUUCAAUUAGUUUGAAAUUUUGAAGCUGAUAGCUGGAACCAAGGUCACGGAGGAAAAGGCACACAUUUAUUCAGGCACCAACAAUGCAAUAGAUAGUUAUGAAAUUCCUAAAUCUUUUAAAAAAGGACACAUUCAACUUUGUACGAACUUGUGCCAAUUUCCAAGUAAGUGUCAUAAGGUACGUCGAUACGAACAAUAUGCAAAAAAAUCUAAAGAACUAGAAACCUAAUCGAUAUCUUAAUGGAAAAAAUGUCAAUGUGUACCAUACGAAUUACUUAAUGAUAUCCAAGCCUGUAUGUCGAAUAAAUUUAGUGUGAAUGAGUCCGUUUAAUUAUAAAAAGAAUAUAGUAUAACAUAUAUUGUAUAAUAUAUAUUUAAUAUGGUCACAUACACACAACAAUGAAAUAUUCUAAAAAAAAAGAAUUUCAAGACGUAAUAUGCUCAAAAACAUGAAGUAAUAUAUACAAAUAUGAGAUAAAAAUCGAGCCACAAUGCGCGCGUAUCGCGGAGUGUCAGGAUACGUUAUUUAAGAGAAAUUGAGAAAUAAAAAAGAAUAUCAAGCAAAUAAACAUAAUCAAUAAAGCAACGCAAUAAUGCAGUGAAUCAAAAAAAUCACAAGCAAAAAAUUUGUAUAUGAUUACAUCCAUAUGAAAUCGUUUAUAUCUAUAUUAAAACGCGCGAUGCUUAAAAUUGUAAUUUAUGUCGAAUUUGCAGAAAAACGAUCAGUUGAUAGCAAUUCAAUAUUCCUGUAUGUUUUAUCUACUUUUCAUAACUGUACGUACAUUUUAUAGAUUUUUGUAGACGGAAUAAGUCU